GUGCGUUGACAUAACCUCAAAAAAUGGUUUGUUUUGAAAUCACACAUGCACUAUCAACAUUUGUUCUGUACGAUAAAAGUAAAACAAGUUCACAAUGGGAGAAACGAAGAAAGGAAGCGAAUUGAUUUGUGUUCCAGGGCAGCGGCUAUGUUUAUCAGAUGAAAAUACCGUAUCAGGUGAAGGCACCUAUGAAAGACUUGGUUACAUAUACUCACUUUUGGCCGGUGUCGUGAACAUUUCGCAGAAAGACAAAUCAAAAAUUAUUGAAGUGAAAACGCUUGGGAAUCAAACAAUUGUACCAGUAGCUGGUGAUGUGGUGACUGCUCGCGUCAAUGUGAUAAAUCAACGAUUUGCGAAAUGUUCGAUCAUUUGCAUAGGCGAUGUAACACUGAAACGUGUUUACCGUGGACUCUUGCGCAAAGAAGAUGUUCGAGCCGAACGAAAGGAUGAGGUUGACAUGUACAAAUCAUUUCGACCAGGCGACAUUAUACUAGCUAGAAUCUUGCCACAAAAUGAAUUGCAUUGCUAUCAAUUGAGUACAGCUGAAAAUGAAUUGGGUGUCGUCGUUGCACAUGCCGCUGAAUCUGGCCCUCAAACUGUUCCGAUGGUGCCUGUAUCAUGGUCCGAGAUGCAGUGCCCAAAUACAUUAGUAAAAGAAUUCCGAAAAGUUGCAAAAAUCGUUCCAGAGAGCGCCGUACAAGAAGCAACUAACAACAAAAUGACCGAUUAACUUUGCUUUGAAUCAAAAAUCGUUUCGAUUAGUUUUUAAAUUGCGUGUUUUAUUGAGGAAAAAUUGUAGAGCUACUUAAGUUCAGUAAAAUUUUAAAUUUAUUUCAAUAAAAAUAAGGACAGCAGAAAUCAUAUCGGCUGGAAAGAAAGACCAAACGAAGUAGACAAAUUAUACAUUCAUAUAUUUGUAAAUAAUCACAAAAACAUGGAAUAAUUUUAAUAGUUCGUUGUGAUGAUUUAUUCCGUAGAGCAGAAUGAAUGUACACGUAUGACUUUGCCCAGUUUUUUUUUUUCUUCAAUCAAAUGGAUCCAUUCUUGCAGAGUAUGAGGUACAGAGUCCGGAAAACCUGCGUUUUUUAAUAAAAAAAUGUAUAAAACUAA